AUGUCUAAACAUCCUAACAUCCCGAUUUGCCAACUCAGUGAAGCGUGGGUGGAAUACCGGUGGUCUACAAUGAGGUUCUUGACUGUAACCAGGGAUGGGUUUAUUUUGCAAUUAUCAUUUUCUUCGGAGGCCACAGCUUACCUCCAAGCAAUGGGCCUCCCUACCAGACCUCAGGAAUCAUCUGUCUCCGUUAGUCCCUAACAGUGGGAUCAUAGGAAGGUAACUCUCUUUGUCUCAAGACGAGGAGAGGAAUCGGCUCCAGUGACUUGAGCUACUGUCUGUUCUAUCUUUUUAUUAUAUGUUUAUUAUUUUUUGUUCUUGUCUCUUAUUUCAGUAGAUGAUAACCAAGCUACUGUAGUAUAUAUUAUACUCUGAUUAUACAUAUAUAAGACACUUUACUUUGUCUUGGGAGCAUAUUGGGGCCGAACUUCUUCUAUCUCACCACCUCCAUAUUAGGGGUUGUUUAUCCCUGUUGAACCACUCAAUUAUAGGCAUAGGUAUAUCCCUAGACAAGUUAAGAUUAUAUAUAUAUAUAUAUAUAUAUACACACACCACUAACUUGCUAAUGGCAAUGGGGUUCACUGAUCUAUCAGUAUUAGUCAAGCAUUACUUACUCCUAAUUUACUAGAACACUGCCCACUCAGUGCAAUUCAGGAUCGUUUUUUAAUUUUGUUGAUGUAUUGGAUCCACUUCUGAUAUUAAUUUAUUGAUUUCUUUAUUUUAAAAAGGGGUCUAAAUACUAUUUCUGUGACAUUCAACAUGGUUCCACCUUGCAAUCACGUUAUAUGAUAUUAUACGUACUAUACCAUUAUAUUGUUAAAUGUGGCAAGUUUAUGUCUGGAUAUGUCACUACCAUGCUUACAGUGUCUGUUAUAUGUAUUCUCAAUAAAACAUUUAUUUACAAAAAAAAGUUGAAAAGACAUAUUUUGCUUUCAUCUUUUAGGCAUUGAUUACACAUAUAGCUGUGAUCGGAAAACAGUGUGUAUAUCACUGUAUUAAGUUUAUGUUCAGUAAACCAUUAGAGGUAAAAUAUGUUUUUAAAUAGUUAUACAUGACCAUGUGUCUUAGCUGCAUGGGUAGUGAUGUCCCGAAUGGUUCGCGAACGGACUCAUCAUUCCAGCCAAUCAGCAGCAGACCCUCCCUCCCAGACCCUCCCACCUCCUGGACAGCUCACUAAGAAUGUAGCUUCAAAAUGGAUGCUGUCCAGGAGGCAGGAGGGUCUGGGAGGGAGGGUCUGCUGCUGAUUGGCUGGAAUGAUUAGUCCGUGGCGAACCGUUCGGCGAACCGUUCGGGACAUCACUAUGCAUGGGACAUUUAAGUAUAAAUAUUCCCCAAAAGCAUUAUAUAUUUGAAUGUAUCUUUGCUAGAUAAAUAAAUGCAUAUUAUUUGAGAACCUAUGUAAAAACCCUGAUUUCUAAUGUACAUGUAACCCAAAUUUUAUCUGUGCUCAUAUUUGCCAUAAUAAUCCUUGUUUCAUAUUUUUAUUAUAAAUAUUUAAACAGGGCAUUGAAUGUGUGAACGACUCCUCUGACACUGGAAUAAAGCGUAUCACUGUAGAUUUAAGGAAAUUGCAGAAGAAUAUUCUUCAGGUAAGAUCCUACAAUUAAACUGGAAUAAAAAAAAUAAUGUUUCGGCUAAAGUAAUUAAUUGUUACAUAGAUAUUUGAACAGUGAAAAUGAAUCUUUAGAUGCCUUGUAAAAUAAAAUUUUUUUAUUGUGUUUGUACAAUGUUGUACAUUGUUCUACCGCUGAUAUACAUUGGAAGACUAGUAACUUGGUUUAGAUUUCCAAUCUUCUAUUACAGUAUUAUCCACCUUUGACCUUCCAAACAAUUUUACACAGCGGGGCUAUCAAAAGGAGGCCUGUAAAAUCCCUAUAUCAAUGACAAAUCGAAGAGCCAAAGGUCAACAUUCAAAUCCUCAUUGCCUCAAGGGGUGGGAUUGAUCUAAACUGUUGAAAGUGAAAGUGAUAAAAGCAAGUGUGAAACACAGGUGGCCCGUGGCCCCAGGGAGAUAAUUAAUAACCCAGAUCCACUUAUGAUUUGUUUUCCCACAAUUCAACAUUAUAUCACAUGACCAAUUAAAUUAAUUGCCAUAUUUUUUAUGUCCUAGCUGCUUUGUCCUGUUUCUCCAUUUUUGCUUAUGUUGGCUCUGUGGUUGUAGGUUAUAUAGUUUGGAGUCAAAUUUUUCAAAAGCAGAGGGUAUGUGUUUCGGGUUAAAGAGUUCUGACCAGAUCUAAAAGAUAUGAAAUCUUGGAUUUCAGUUCCUUUUGUUUUAAUUGUUUAGAGUUGUCCUGAGUAUAAUAUUUACACUUUUGUCACAUGAGAAUAUAACCAGUUUGCUGUGCAUAGUGCAGAUUGAAAAUAUUUUGCAAUCUAUGAAAAGUAGCCAGGAAGCCGUGAGGAGUUCCUUUGUUGGGGAUCUUAACUCCAGCAAUGUCAAAUACUCCAGCAGUAGCUGUUGAUCAUGUAACCAAUUUGUCUUUAAGGCUGCAGUGUGUUUAAGGAACAUUUCCUAAAUUUAAGCGUGUUAACCAAAGCGUGUCAAUGUGUACUUCCUCUGUAUCAUUCAUUUGAAAACAUUGUUGCAAUUCCUUAAAUAUGUUCCUGAAGUCGUUGGUAACCUCUGGUGUAGAUCAAAGUUGCUCAGUAAGACGUCACGUCUCUGACCCUCUAUAUGAGUAUGCUUCCUUUGAUUAAAAGACUAUAGGGGUAUGGUCGGACCAUAUAAUAAGAUCUAUGCUUGGGGAUAACAAAAAGAGAUCUGGCCCUCGCUUGAACCAUACAGAUUCACUAUCAUAUAUAAGACAGUGGUUGAGAAAACAGUGAUGGAUCAAAUAUCUCCCACCCCUAUCAUCGAUUUUCAUAAGGAAACUAAAAUCAAUAGAGUUUAUUAAAAUGGAGACCCCUUUUUUCUUUUAUUUGUUACAGGAGUGAUACUCGAUUGGGUUAUAUUUAGAUGAAAAAUUAGACUAUUUACCCCAAGCGAAGUGAGUUUCCUGGAAUAAGGUUAUAUCUGCUCACAUCUUAUUAGCCUCUUCCAAAGCUGAACGAUGUGUGGGUUGUGUUAAGUUUAUUGCAAUUUAGGGAUAAAAACUGAAGUCAUUUUGAUGUAAACUGAAAUACUAGGUGAAAAUGGUGCGACUCGUGUAGAUAAUAGGAUAAUGUGGUAUCCUGGUGUGGCUCCCUCCCAUUGAUAGGGUAUCUUCUUCCAAUGUCCUCUCUAAGUGCAUGCAAGGUCAAGUGACAGGCGCUUCCACUCACAGGCAUAUUAUAAAGCAGGUCCAAGGGAAAUACAAAAAAAAAUCAUAAAAUUAAAAAGCAAAACUAACAUAUUUAAAAGUAAUAAAAUUACAAAAUAAAAUAACCUAGCAAAGAUAAAAAGGAUAGGGGGCACAUCUGGAAUGUGCAUUCUGCAGGAGUGGUGCUGCCAAUGUGACCAAAAUUCAUACAUAACACAGCUUAAUUUACAGCACACACAUAAAAAUACACUUAUAAAUCUUAUUAGGCUACUUAAAAUUGCUAAUCUAAGUAACAAAUAUGAGGAUACAGUUCCACCAUUUGGCCAUAUUGUGUUAAGCCCACCACUAAUUCACAGUACCCCAAUAUCAGUGGGUCCUACACUAAUUCCAAACAUGGGAAACAAAUUAAAUAGUACUAGUGUUAAAUAAACUGAAGUGCAUUCAAUUAAUCUAUUGUACAAUGCCACGAAUCCUACCCAAUUAGCGUCUGGCCACACCCCCUUUAAAUACACACAUUUUAAAGAAAUCAGCCUCUUUAGGAUGUUUGGAAUGGGAAGUGUGUAUUACCAGUAUCUGCAGUUUUAUGGAUAAUCAUCAUUACGUACCUCUCCACUAUCCCGAUUUUGUCAGGUCAGUUCUGAUUUUUUUGGUCCUUUCUCACCAUCCCGACUUACCGGUAUCUGCAUUUGGGUACACCAGGUUAUCUGAAAUUGGCAAUUCUGUUGUGUUUAUGGAGAUUGUUGGAGGAAAAAGUUAUAACAGUUAUCUGUAAGGGAAAUUGUUCCAGACUUGCAUUUCCUGUUGUCUGCUGUGAGCUCCUUCAGUUCCUCAAGGAGCAAUCUUCUCUUCUGUGUGGAGUGUACACAUUUAACAUGAAUUUUUUUGUGAUUAUUGCAUGUGUUUGGGAUUAUUAGCAUCUGAAAGUCGGAACCCCAUCGUGAUCAAAAUCCAUGUCAUCCUCCAACUUAGGAAAGCUAGCACAGUGGCAUAGGAAAAAAGAAAAGGAAAUGGAAUUUAAAAAAAAAAAGGAACAUAGUUAACAAAAUUAAACUAGACUAUUUACAAAAACUAGAUACUGGGCUCCCCAAGUGCCAGGAUAAAUCAAGGGUGAACAUCUCUCCAAGGUGAACAUCUCUCCAAGGUGAACAUCUCUCCAAGGUGAACAUCUCUCCAUGGUGAACAUAUCUCCAUGGGAUGAAAUUACUCCAAACUCACCUGCAAUCAUAAGAUCAAUAUAAAAACUCCCCCUUGACUGGAGCAAGUGGUUCCCCCUAGAAGACUGUGAGUAUGAACUCUGUCUUGUUCUCUUCCAUAGGAACCCCCUCUGCUUUGGUUAAUUUGCUUGAACUUCCACUCCCCUAACCCCUACUGGUAAAAUUCCCACAUAGUGUAUUUUAGUGUAACCACCCCAUGAAUGUACAAAACUCAAAAAGGAUUUAUAUGAUAGCAAUGGUAUCGGAAGAUCAAAUAAACAGUACAGAAAUAGUGUGUCAAUACAAUGGCAUGUAGUGACAUAUAACGGUAGCAUAAAUAUUAACACAUUUUAUUUUUAUUUUUUGUGUAUUAAAUGAUGAUUUUGAACGUCCCUAGAUUUUUGAGGAGUGUUUCCCAUGAUGCACUUUGUUGUGAAAGGGGUGGGGCUUAUAAAUGGAACAGACUUUAAAGAGAGGCUAAUGAGAUGUUUAAAAGGAAGAGUAAUUUACAUACGUCCAUUUUGGACACUGACAAGUCCCUUCACAAGAGAAAGUGACUCUUGGUUCCUUCCUGUUUUAGGCAUUUUUUCUCUUAUCCUUAGAAAAAACCUGUGCUCAUUAGCACUAGAAUAUAUUAAGAAAAUGAGUAAAAACCAUUUAAAAAUUUCAAAUUGAAAAUAUGCUAAUAACCAUUCAGUUUUUUUUAAAUUUAACAAUUGUACAUUUCCAUUUUUCUUCACUUGAGUAAUCCCAGCUUUAUGAUUUAUUUUGCAGACUUAGAAAAAAGUUAUUAUUGGUUAGAAUUAUACAAAGCAUCACAAAAAAAACAAAAAAGAAAAUUCUCCUACGAUGAUAUCUGAAUUUUCCUGCAAGCCAACUAUAUUUCCAUCUUGCUAUCCAUUGCUUCAGAUAAACUGAAUGUGCAUUAUUUGCUACUUAAGCAGAGUACUCAGAUUAUCAUUACCAGAUCCCAAUUCAUUUCCAAUACAUUUCUAGCAGCUAAUUCUUUGCAGCGCCAGGUCAUUUAUACAGCAUUGAAUAGAUUAGGAACAUGCAGAAUCCAUUAUGGGAUAGCUAGUUAAGCUUCCAGAAUUUAAAUAUCCGUACUGUUUAGCAAAGCAGAGCAUUUUUGCAAUACAUGAACAAUAAAGCUACAAUAAAUUAGAAAUUGUACGGUCCAAUUUUACAGCGUAGGGAAACAAGAUAUGUGCAUAUGAAGCCUGAUUCCUCACCUACUUUGUUAUCCCAGGUGGAUGAAAAGGUUAACUGAUUGAUCGCUAGAGAGGGAUGGUUUAAAUAUCAACCCAGGCAUGCAGGCUUUACCGUAUGACUUAUGUAUGUUUACGGUCAAGUGGGUGUUUUUUACUUUGUUCUCAUAUAGCAAAACUAGCAUCGGAAUUUAACAUUUAAAGAAUCGGGGGGGAUUUUGGUGUUAUUUUCUUGGAUCUUUGUCAGCUAAGAAAAUGCUGGAUGAGGAUUUACUAAGCUGCGGGCUGCUUAGAUAAAAUAAUCCUGCUCUCUGUUUUACUGAGCCGUCUUAUAGACUGAAUCCCAUGUGAAAUCAAAACAAUCUCUAACCGGUAACUAAUUUGUUCAAAGCAGUCAAAAAAUAACUCCAUAUCGCCUUUAUGAAGCAGACACACUCGAGAAGACCCCCAAGUAAAAAGCUUUUUAUUCAUUUGCACACACUUAUUUUAAAAGCCCAUCUUUAGUUGCAAAUGAAAAUUAAUUUUAGAAUAGGUUUGAUAGAAGCCAAUUGAAUCAGCAUUGCUUUCUUUACAAAAAAAAGGGCAGCUUAGAGGGUAAAUCAUAGCACUAUACAAAUAUAUAGAGGGUCAACACACACCACUAGGUACUAACCUGUUCAUUAGCAGGAAUAUACAAAAGGUCACCCAUUGAGAAUGGAAGAAAGGAGUUUUUACUUACAGCAGACGGAAGGGUUCUUUACAGUAAGAAUAAUAAAAAUGUAGAAUUCUUUGCAAAAAAAUUAUCUUAUCCGAUUCUGUAGAUUUUUUUUUUUUAAAGGCAUGUACAUAUUUUUUUGAAAAUAAGGAUAUUCAAGCAUAUAAAUUAAUCUAUAUGUGAACAGGGAUUUUUUUUUAUCCAAUGACAAAUCUUAUUACUAUUAUGGAAUAAAGAAGGAUUUUUUUCUUUUUGUGGCACAAUUUGCAAUUGCUUAAAAUAGGCUUUUUUUUGCCUUCUAUUGCAUCAAUAGAAAAAUAGAAUAAAAAGAUGUGUUUAAAGGUUGAACUCAAUGGUCUUUUUUUCAUCCUAGAUUUUCAGGAUUAUUCACUAAAGUGAGAAUUUAAAGUUAAUUCAAAGAGAAGUUAAAAUUUAAGGAGAGAGUAGCAAAGCUGGAAACAUAGCUGAUUUACAGGAUUCUUCCAGUUUUGGCUGAUUUGACCUUACAUUUGAAAUUCGCCUUGAAUUCUCACUUUAUUGAGUAACCCUGUUGUUGCUGUGGGGAUUGCUGCACUUUUAGAAUUUUGCCGUACUUGUUUGUUGGUGGCAAUCAUGAUGUCACCAUGGAAUAAAGCAUGUCAAUAAAAUAUAUUGCAGAGCAUAACCGAACAAGUGUCAUCGGCAGGGCCGGAUUAACAUAGGGGUUGAUGGAGCUGCAGCUCCAGGCCCAGGCCCAGGCCCAGGCCUUUGGAAUAGGCCCAUUUGAAAAAAAAUAUAUAUAUUUUUUUUUACUUUUUUUUUUUUUUUACACAGUACUCUUAGGUUUGCCGCCUGACUGGUAUUUUACCAGCACAGCCAGUAUUUGAGGCUGCCUGGCCGUUCCAGUAAUGCAGUAAUACCAGAAAUGCAAAUGCAGAUAUUUUUCUCAGUAUAAAUGGAGAUUACUCUGCAAUACCAGCACCAGCCAGCAGGGGUCACUGUGUGUGUGGAGAGAGGCAGGGAUAGGAAGUUACAGACUUUUCCCUCCCUGCCUCUCUCUACUCACUGAUCCGCUGGGGAGCAGCUACACAGCACAAAGAGUUCAGACAGCAGCUCCCAGCCUGCAGAGACAGACUACAGCUCAGAAUACAUGGGGAUACUGAGAGACCAAGAGACACUGAGACACUAGGAGAUGCUGUGAGACAUAGGGACAUUGGGAGACACAUUGGGACAUGGGGACAGUAGGGACACAGUGUCUCCAUGUCUAACAGUGUCCCCAUGUCUCCCAGCCAAUGUCCCUAGUGUCUCAGUGUCACCAUGGCUCCCAUUGUCCCCUAGUCUCCCAGAGGCUGUGUCCCCAUGUCUCUCAGUGUCCCUACAGUGUGUCCAAAUAUCUGUCUCCCAGUGUCCACAUGUCUCCCAGUCAGUGUCCCUAGUGUCUCAGUGUCCCCAUGUCUCCCAGUGUCCCAAAGUUUUUCAGUGUCCCAAUGUCCCUAGUGUCUCAGUGUCCCCACGGCUCCCAGUGUCCCCUAGUCUCACAGUGUCUGUGUCCCCAUGUCUCUCAGUGUUCCUAGUGUCUCAGUGUCCCCAUGUCUCCCAGUGUCCCCAAAUAUCUGUCUACCAGUGUCCACAUGUCUCCCAGCCAGUGUCCUUAGUUUCUCAGUGUCCCAUGUCUCCCAGUGUCCCUAGUGUCUCAGUGUCCCCAAUUUUUUCAGUGUCCCCAUGUCUCCCAGUGUCCCCAUGUCUAUGCCCACAAGUUCCCCCAUGCCUCAGUAUCCCCAAGUGUCUCAGUGUCCCCAUGCCUCCCAUCCAGUGUCCCUAGUGUCUCAGUGUCCCUAUGUCUCCCAGUGUCUGUGUCCCCAUGUCUCUGUGUCGCUAGUGUAUGUGUCCCCAUGUCUCCCAGUGUCCCCAUGUCUGUAUCCACUAGUGCCCCAUGUCUCCCAGUGUCCCCAUGUCUCCCAGUGUCCCCAAGUGUCAGUGUACCCAAGUGUCAGUGUCCCCUGGUGUCUCACUGUGUCAACAUGUCUUUGUGUCCCCUAGUAUCCUAGUGACACGGGAAACCCUGGGAGACUAGGGGACUGGAAGACAUGGGGACACUGACACUUUGAUACAUAGGGACACUGAUGCCAGACUGGCCUUCCAAUUCUUUGGACAGACAUGGCCCCUUUUUGGGCAUGUUGCCCCUUUUGGCAGUUCUGGUCACGUGAUUUGUGUCAGUGGCCCAUCCUUUUACCCACCCAUUGACUUCCUGCUUCAUUGGAUGCUGCUGUUAGGGGGUAUGGAUUUACUUCAAAGUUGAAAGCAUAAAUUAGAGAGCGAUUAGCAUAGAGUAUGUGUUUUUUCUUAUAGCUGCAUCCUUUGAGUUUCCUUCCAGCACCAUCUCUAUCAGAUACAUGGCGCUUGGGAGGUAUGGUUGUUUUAGUGUUUUUGGGCGAUAAGAUUCUGUAAUUAGGCCCAUCAUAAUUGUCAGCACCAGGCCCACUGGGCUCUUAAUCUGGCCCUGGUCAUUGGUAUUUAAAAAAAAAUAAUAUUUCAAACUCUAAGUAAUGGUAGUCAGAGGCAGUUUAUAAAAGAGGGACAAUAGAAAAGUUUAUAAAGAAGUGGUGUGAGGGACAAUAGAAAAGUUUUUUUCAGAAGAUGAAUAUGAUGGCCUGAAAAUAAUUGACAUUUAUCAUAAUUGUACUUUUUAUUGAUUACUUCAUAAAUAUAAAAAUAAACAAAUAAAAACAGCUUGAGUGUCUCUUUAAAGGGACACUGUAGGCACCCAGACCACUUCAGCUCAUUGAAGUGGUCUGCGUGCAAACUCCCAUCACCCUUAACCCUGAGCAUGUAAUUAUUGCAGUUUUUAUAAAUUGCAAUAAGUACCUGCUAGGGUUAACUCCUCCUCUAUGGGGUGUCUACCAGACAGCCACUAGAGGGACUUCUGGGCUUGAAGGUGACUUUUGGUUGUCUAAACGAUGCUGGAUGUCCUCACGCUAUGUAUGAGGACUUCCAGCAUCACCUGUAUCCCCAUAGGAUAGCAUUCAAUAAUACUUUCCUAUAGGGAAAUCCUAAUGCGAGGACGGCCAUUGCCGCACAUGUGCAUUAGGUCUCCCACGCUGGUGGACGUCUGUGGGGGAGGAGCGUGGGUAGAGCUGAAUCAUCGGCUCUGGUACCAGGUAAAUGACAGAAGGGGUUACUAACCCCUUCAGCACCAUGGGGGGUGCCUUGACAGAGAAGGAAGCUACAGUACCAGGAAAACUAUUUUUUUUCUGGCACUAUAGUUUCCUUUUAAGGUUACGUAUUGGGUCUGCAGGUGAAUGAAACUUGUCUAAGUUAUUGUUUACCUGCCCGUUAACAAUCUGAAAAUGUGACUGUAGUCAGGGAUAAAUCCAUACAUUAUGUGUUUCUAGACUGAAAUACUACAUAUGUUGUACUAGUAAUAUUAAUAUAGUAUGGACAGGACCAGAACAAAGAAUGGGAUGGGGAUAGUAAAAUAUGGACAUGAUAACCAGUGAGCUAUGCCAAACUGUUUCUAAAAUCCCCUUAAUCUUGUAAAAUACACUUCUGUGAAGUUCUUAGUAUAGAAAUGUGAAGUCAGGUAUUGCAUGCCUCUAAGCGGUCUCAUUAGGUUGUUCCUAAUCUAUAAUUCUGUACUGCAAUGGUAUGCUAUGAAAUACAUUGGAGGAGGUUUAACUAAUGUGUUCUGUUCUAAUAAGGGUAAGGAUUGAAUAGGUUACGCUAUUGUCCACCUCCACCAAAAAGGGGUAUGUCCCCACAUGGGUGGGUAUACUGUAAGGAUAUAUUUUUUUUUUAUUGAGACACAUACAUUUUUCCAGUGCUUUUUUUUAACGUUUUAGAUUUAUUGCCCCACCUCACUUAUAUUAGGGUGAGAAGGGGUAGGUAGGUAAUUAUUAUUCCUUUUUUAGGUGGUGUAGCUCGAGGUUUGACACACCACUAUUUCAGGGGUGAAUAUUGGCAGGACCACCGGGAGGUUUAUAUAAUUAAUUAGAGCACCCACCUACUGCCCAUAGGUGGGGUUUGGAGGGGGACAUUAGGUCUUCCCCCUACAUAUUAUAAUAGCUCCCAACUGCUGAACAUGUGUGGGGGUGGGUGGCAUAAAGAUAUCACCCCUUUAUUUAUCACAAGCCCAAAACUUCUGGCCAUAGGUAGGGACAACAUUACUUAUUUAAAAUUCCUCACCUGAUGACCCUGGGUUGGAACACGAGUAGGACUAUGUUCCUCCUAGUUAUUUCCCAGGCCAUAUCUCCAUUGGAUGGGACUUUUCUAUGGACUGAGCAGCAAAUGGUUUAUAAGCUCAGUAGAUAUGCCACCAAUUGCAGGUGGGGGGAGGGGGAGGUAGGAAAGUUUAAAACUCCUUUACGAUAACAUAGCAUUUCUAUUGACCCCCACAGAUUUUACAUUUAGUAAUUUUUCAAACUUUAAUGUAGCACCUAGCUAGCAAGUGCUGAUCAGACAUCACAUUAUUUACCCUUGUGCCCCCGUGGCUGAUAUUUGCUAGCGGACAUAUAGUACUUGAAUGUAAGUGAAUGAUAAUUUGAGAAUCUGCAUCCAGAUGCAACAUUACUAAUUUAAAUCUGCAGAUUCACUUGGGCUGACAUAACUCGGUAAUUUGCACUGUAUGUUGUCUGUCUGUACAAAAUCUGGUGUUUAGUAAAAAGCCUUGUUUGUCACUGAGAGAUUUCACAAUGGAGGUGGCCAUCUAUGGAUUGCAUCACGUUUUGCAAACUGAUGGUGACAUUUAUCAUUUAAAAAUAGUGGAUUGAAGCAUGUCAUCAGGUUUCAAAACUUGUGAUUUAUACUGACUAACUUUAUAAGGAUCAACAUUCCCUAGCACAGAUAGGACGAAAUGGAUGUCUUAAAUAUCUUAUGGCAGUAUGGCCAUCUGUUCCUCAAAGGAGCACUCCACACACUUAAAGCAUAUUAGCUUUUUAACAAAAAUGGCAGAUUUCAAUAGAAAUUGGCAUCUUUAUAAAUAAACCUGUUACACCGCGCUGCAUGCAUUUUUUUUUUAUUAAAAAUAAAAAAAAUUUAUUAAAAAUACUGUUUUGUUUUUAUUUAAUUUGCUCAGUCGAGUGUCCUUUAAGAAACUCCAUGCUAGCUAUAUAUAUAUAUUUUUUGUUUAAAAUAAAUAAAAAUGCUCAAAACCAGGCUACCCACACCUAUCUGCUUGAGAAUCUCCGCUAUUUCCAACUGGCAAAUUUUUACUCAAAAAACAUUGGCAACUAAUUGGAAACCCAGCCCCUGAUCUUGUUUGAGAAUGUGUGUGUAGGGAUGCAAACUGUUAACAAACCUCUUUCUAUCAUAUGUACUCUAUUAUCCAGAAAAAAAAAGAAAGGAUCAGAGGCUACAUAUUUCCAAAGAGCCUGGUACUCAGCCCUUCACAUUCAGAUUAUGGAUGGUGACUGGGUGUGUAUAUACUGAACACGGUUAUGCAGGCCUCAGUCACCUUAGCAAUGUGUGAAACAUUUUAUAAAAAAGUAGCGAUGUGGUAUACAACGCCGCUAUGCUUACACUAACAUAUCCCCAAAAUCAGCAGCCUAUUCUGGCGGUGCCACAGUGGUGAAGGUUCCAUAUACCAUCUGUGGUUGCAUUGUGCGGUUCAGCGCCCAUACUGGGCACAAAUAAUAGAUUUCCUCAAGAAGCUCUUCCCUACCAUCACUACACUUACACCCUUGCAAAUAUUACUGGGAUGUCCACAUUUGUUUCCAGACAUACAUAUCCAGAAGCUGUUGUGGUUAUUUGCUAGGAGAAUCUAAUGCCCUUAUCCUUACCCUAUGGAAACAGACAACCUUCCCUACUCUAACCCAAUGGAUAAAUGGGGAUAAUAACCUUAGAGGUCUGGAUGAACUGCACUGGUCAGCCAUGGGGCACAGGGACAAAUACUAUAAAAAAUCACAGUUAAAAUACUUGCUAAACUCUGACACGAGUAGUACGGUGAACCCAGUGUAACGGAUUGCAAAACUAGGUCCGGCCUUGCACAAGUAAUGUAUGGGAUAGACAUAUGAGUUAAAGGACCACUAUAGCGCCAGGAAAACAUACUAGUUUUCCUGGCGCUCUAGUGGUCCUUUAACUCAUAUGUCUAUCCCAUGUGUCCCCAGGGUCCCCCUCCCGCCAGGCUCUAGGGGGAGUAAGGGGUUAAACUUACCUCUUUCUCCAGCGCCGGGCGGGGAGCUUUCCUCCUCCUCUCCGCCUCCUCUCCUCCUCCUCUCCUCCUCUUCGGCCGAAUGCGCAUGCACAGCAGAAGCCGCGCGUGCAUUCAGCCAGUCCAUAGGAAAGCAUUUACAAUGCUUUCCUAUGGACGCUGGCAUCUUCUCACUGUGAAAAUCACAGUGAGAAGCGCGGAAGUCCUCUAGCGGCUGUCAAUGAGACAGCCACUAGAGGCUGGAUUAACCUUAACAUAAACAUAGCAGUUUCUCUGAAACUGCUAUGUUUAUAGAAAAAAGGGUUAAUCCUAGCUUUAAGCUGAAGUGAUCUUGGUGCCUAUAGUGGUCCUUUAAUAUAUUUUUAUAUUUUUCUUUCCUUUUCCAGUGGUACUUUAUGUUGGGCAAUACCAAUACAUAUAAUACGAGAUUGCCUUAAUUUCCCCCAGAGCUUAAUCUCCCCUUAAUGGCCAGCGGAAGUCACCUGGAGCUCUCUGGACAUGGCUGCUGAUGUAGAUCUUGCAUAUCCCCUCAGCAGGGGAGGGAUGGCAGCCUUAGGCCUGGGGGGCAAAACCAGUCAAGUGGCCCAUUGCACCACCAAAUCAGUUCACCAUCCAUCCCCACCUUUUCCUAGUUUUAUAACGGAUAUUGAUGUUAUGCUAAUCUGUAGUUCUUUGCCAUACCCACUCCUUCACGGCUCUGACUUUCAAUGUUGUCAGAGUGCAGGCUGAGAAUCUCUGAGCCUGUGCUCUGACUCACUAACUGAGCGCCGGAACUAUGAGGGAGAGGCUAUAAUCUGACUGCACCUACUGCUGGUGCGCACCAGUGGACCACCAGCGAAUUGUUUAAAUUGAAUAUGCUGGUGUCCCCAACUUGUGAGCUGUGUUGGCUGCCGGGCGCCUCUGUUGUCAUGGCACCCUGCGUGACCGCACAGCGUGCACACCCCAACGGCUGGCCCUGCUGACACACACUGAUGUUACCACUUAGAAAUCCCUCAAUAUUAAUACAGACAUCAGAGUAAACACCAAUAAACUGUGGAAACAGAGCUGAUCCCCCAAAUUUAUAAAGAUUUGCAUAGUGCAUUUGUUGUAAGAUUAAAUCAUGCCUCCUCUCUCUCUCCUAUGCGCUGCUCUGUAGGCUGGGAGGAAGUGAAGAGUAAUCACAUUCUCCCAGCACAGCGCCACCUGUGGCUGCAUGGGGAACAGUUGUUUAAUGUAGUGCUUGCAGGACGGCCAGCUGCUGCAGAACCUCUUUGUUCCCAUCUCUGCAAAGGGCUCCAGGCACUGCUUGCUGUGAGUGUGAGCCACUGUAAAUUAGGGGCAGGGGGCACUUGCACUGCGGUAAAGAUGGAUCUGGGCAGGAGGAGAGUGCUGUUAUGUCAGUCCACUCCCUUCCUGUGGGUCACCAGUAGACUGGUGCACCUGCCCAGGAUCAGAGCCGGUGCAAGGAUUUUUGCCCCCCUGGGCAAAAGAAAAAUUUGCUGCCCCCCAUGUGACAUCACACUGCCCCACCUUUAUGAUCUGCCAUAUGAACUAAUGUCAGUGCUGCACACAGUGUGUGUUUACAUUAAAAAGCCUGCAGGGACCGACUAUAGACACCAGAACCACUUCAUUUAAGCUGAAGUGGUUCUGGGGACUAUAGUGUCCCUUUAAUGUGAGGUAAAUUACAGAUUAGUGUCACUAAUAAUAUACUAGAUUGCCUACUUACAACCAGAUGAGGAUGAUGAUGGGCUGUGGUUUGGCUCCACUGGUCUGGUGUAGAACAGGAUCUCUGGAGGCUGUUUGUAACGGUGGUCACAAAGUUCAAAGUUCUAGUAGAAUGGGAAGCAGCUCCAUUUUUUGGGGGUCCCUUACACAGCUCAAGGUCUGGGCCCCAGGGCCUGAUGGUGAGUAUGCCCAUAAGGCCCACCUAUAAGUCCACCUACAUGUUCCAUCCAUGAGUUCACUCACAGGGAGUGGAGUGUGUAGGGCUUGUGUUAUGUGUUAUUGAAGAGGAUCUAAUGUGUGCUUAUUGUAUGUAGUGUAUAGGGAUACCAGUUUGUGUAGGUGAUGCAGUGUAUUUGUUUGUAGUGGAAGCAGUGUGUGUUUGUGUAUAAGGGAUGUAUUGUGUGUUUCUGGUUGUGUGUAAAGGAUCCAUUGUGUGAAUCUGUGUGUGUAUGCAUAAAGGAUGCAAGAUGUGUGUCUGUGUGUGCAUUGUAUGUAAGAAAUGCAUUGUGUUUCUGUGUAUAUGUAAGAGAAGCAGUGUGUGUGUUUGCAUGUGUGUGUAAGGGUUUGCAUUGUGUGUUUCUGUGUAUGUGUGCAAAGGAUGCAUUGUCUUUGUGUGUAAUGGAUGCAUUGUGUGUUUCUCUGUGUGUAAGGGAAGCAUGUUGUGUUUCUGUAUGUGUAGGGAUGCAUUGUGUGUGUGUGUGCGUGUAGUGUGAAAGAGCUCCCUGUCCUGCCCCCUGUCCUAUAGAGCUUUCCCUUCUGUCCCUUAGAGCUCUCCCCUGCCCCUUAGUGGUCUCUCCUCUCCCCCUUCCCCCCACCCCAGCGAUCUCUUCUCACUCCCACCCACCCUCCCUGUGCUCUUCUCAUCUCCCCCCCAAACCUACGGUGUUCUUCUCACUCCCCCCCUCCAUGUGUUCUCCUCACUCCCCCCCUGUGUUCUCCUCACCUCCCACUCCAUGUGUUUUCCUCACCUCCCACUCCAUGUGUUUUCCUCACCUCCCACUCCAUGUGUUCUCCUCCACUCCCCCGUGUUCUCCUCACUCCCCCCAUGUGUUCUCUUCAGCCCCCCACCCUCCCUGUGUUCUUCUCACUCCCCCCCACGUUCUCCUCAACUCCCCCUCCUCCCUGUGUUCUUCUUACUCUCCCCCCUCCUCUCUGUGUUCUUUUUACUCCCCCCUCCCUGUGUUCUCCUUACCCCCGACCUCUUCAUACUCCCCCUCGUUCUUCUAAAUCCCCCCUGUUCUUCUUAAUCCCUCUCCCCUGUUCUUCUUAAUUCCCGGCCCCUUUCUUCUUAAUCCCCCAACCCCACCUGUUCUUCUUAAUCUCCCCACCUAUUUGUCUUAAUCCCUCCAGCCCCUGUUCUUCUUGAUCCCCCACCAGCCUGUUUAAUAGCAAUCUCCCCACCCUCUGUUCUUCUUAAUCCCUCCACCCCCGUUCUUCUCCAAUCCCCUCUCCCCCCUUUCUCCCCCACCUCCCUGUUCUUCUUAAUCCCCUCAACCCUCCCCUGUUCUUCUUAAUCCCCCACCCCCCUCCCCUGUUCUUCUUAAUCCCCCUCAUUCUUCUUAAUCCCCCCUCCCCUCCCCUCCCCUGUAGCGUGGCUGAGCUUCUCUCCGGUCCGCGGUGCCUGGCCGGAGUGAUAGGAAGGUGCACACUCAGUGUGCACUUUCUGUCAGUCUGGCCGGUUACAGGAAACAGAAACUCUGCGCGGAACAGGAGUUUCUGUUUCCUGUACCCGGCCGGACUGACAGGAAGUGCACACUGAGUGUGCACCUUCCUAUCACUCCGGCCAGGCACCGCGGACCAGAGAGGAGCUUGGCCACGCUACAGGGAAGGGGAGGAGAGAAGCUGUGCUGCAGCCACCUGAGGCUCUUUACAGAGUGCUCAGGUGUCUGCAGCAUUAGGACCGGUCCUGCAGCGGACAGUUUUAAAAUUAUUUGGGUUGGCCUGGGGGGCAAUUGCCUCCCUGUCCCCCGGCCCAGCCCGUCCCUGCCCCUCAGUGUUACAUAAGUCCAAAUUUCAGAAACAUUAAUUAACUUUAUUAUCACUUACCGACCACUAAACAGGUUUACCUCUCCCAGCUUUGGGGACUAUCAGAAGUUUUUUUUCUAUUUUACCUUUAUAUACUAAAACUACCGCUUGCCUUAUUCACCGAUAUGGCAGAUAGUGAGGAAUGUUUGUCUGAAUAGGGUACACUGGUACUCCAAUGUUUAUUUACAUGACACCCUUUCUCCCACUAGUAACUGCAAUAUAAUGUAUAAUGAUCAUGUCAGAUGUCAGUCACGGGUAUACGCAUGACUUUGUCUAACUCAUACUCGUACACCCUCUCAUUGAUGCACUGUAUAUGUGCUAUUUAUGCAAUGUCUACCUGUUUUUAAGGCACUGUCUUCCUAUUUAUAAUGAGUAUACCUGUAUGCAUUAUACUAUAUCAUUGGACACCUGUAUGCAUUUACUCAUAUGGUAAAUAAAAAUUAAUUUAAAAAAAUGCUGAACAGAUUCAUAAUACUAUCAAUGUAUGGGGAAAAGAAAAUACUUACAAUAGAACGUUAAAACGUAUUUUCACUGAAAUGCAAAAAAUAAAAUGUAUCAGUGAUGAUUUCUUUUCAUUUCAUGUUUUUGUAGCAAAAACGUGUGGCCUACAUGGUACAGUAUAUUAAAGUAAAUUAGAGAACAAUUUUCAAGAAGGAAAAAAAAAUCAAAUCAAAAAUCAUUGUUGUCAUGGUGUUACAUUAGGAACUAACCAGCCUUUGUAAUAAUCACUUUUAUAUUUCUGCACAUCAAUAAAUGUAAUCAAUGGUGAUUAUGAGUAUGUGUAUGCCAGUUGCUAAUUGUGCCUUUGUGUUUAUGACAAUUGAUGUUUUUCUUUGUGUAUAUGCAUUAGGCAAAGUACAGCAGAGACAAUGUGCAUGGCCGGAUUCAUGUUCUCUGCAGCUUGGAAGCCAGUUUCCUCAAUGCUGCUCUGCCUGUUAUAUAUAUGAAGUUUGGUUUAGUUGGAUGUAUGAAUGUGACUAGUUUGGGGUAUGUGAUUGAAUGGAUGGAUACAAGUAGUUUGUAGUAUGACUGUAUGGUCAAUAUGACAAGAAGGAUGUCUGGAUGGCAAUAUGUGCAAGGUGGAUGGGAGUAGUCGACAUGUUAUGUGACCAAGUGUGUGAAUGUGACAGGGUGAGUAGGUAUGACUGGGAGGUGAGAUGGGACUAUCUGACUGGGUGGAUAUUUGAAUAUAAUCAAUUAGGGUAUGUGGCUGUUGGGGCGGUUUAAUGGUAAUGUGUAUGUAGGAGCAUAUUUGCAUGAAGUGUUAGUGACUCCAUCUCAAUGAUGGGUGUAUUUAGUGGUGUGUUUUAUAGAGUGCCAGUUUAAGCACACAAGAGCAUAUUUGUGUGAAGUUUUAGUGUGCAUGUGUGGGGAUUUAGUAUGUAUGUGUGGGUGUCUUAGUGUACUAUAUUUCUAGAUCCCAUGUUAUGUUUUGAGAACUCAUAACCCUCUCUUUCUCUACUUGUUCCAAUCUUCUCAUUACCUCCAUCCCUCUCUUGUUCUUGUCAAUUGUACGUCUCUUCAUCCCCCAUACCUCACUUGUUUGCAUCUUCUUUCAACCAUCCCUCACUUUUACACCUAUUCUUUUCUCCAUCCCUUACCUGUUCUGCUGUUUUGUACCCCUGCCUCAAACUAUUUUCCCCCAUUCACCAAUCACUCCCCUCUGCUUACUUAUACUCUUCCGUGCCCCCUCCUAGUCAAUGACUUGUUCUCCUGUAACUGUAGGCAGCCGGUGGUACAGGAGGGCACGCAAGCUUAUGAUGUCAUCUUUGGCUGCCUGUGGGGGGUGGGGAAGAGAGGACCUACUACCGUGGGUGUCGGGCGACAAGAGUAAAGAGCUAUUUCUCCUUCUCUCCUGAGUACUCCUGUUGUACCACCGAAGAUGCACAUUUUUCAGCAGGGCUGCCCACUCCUGUUUCUCGCCUUGAGACUGUGGCUUUGGUGGCCUUAGGGCAAAUCCAGCACUGACAAUGUAACAUACACAGAGAUGUCCAAUUCACCCAACAUAUACAGUGUAAGACAUUUAAAAAUGAAAAUAAAUUUGUUCUUUUUAGCAGGUGUUGCCGGAUGCAGCUAUUAAUUAUGAUCUUGAAAACAAAAUUCAGGAACACUUGACAGCCCCCAAGACAGAAGCAUUUAAAGAAGAUAACAAAAGAAAAGAAAUCAAAGCAAUCAAUCCUAUUAUUUCACCAAAAAAAGGUUUGUAUCCUUCCAAAAACAACAUGAUCCAUUUCACAAAUAAAAAAUUAAAUGCAAAAGAAAAAUACAUACAUAUGUGUGUGUAUAUAUAUAUAUAUAUAUAUAUAUAUAUAUAUAUAUAUAGUGAGGGGGGAAAACUAUUUGAUCCCCUGCUGAUUUUGAAAGUUUGCCCUUAAAUGGAGUGUUCCUAACCUCAGCUCGUUACCUGUAUAAAAGACACCUGUCCACAGAAGCAAUCAAUCAGAUUCCAAAGUCUCCACCAUGGCCAAGACCAAAGAGCUGUCCAAGGAUGUCAGGGACAAGAUUGUAGACCUACACAAGGCUGGAAUGGGCUACAAGACCAUUGCCAAGCAGCUUAGUGAGAAGGUGACAACAGUUGGUGAGAUUAUUUGCAAAUGGAAGAAACACAAAAUAACUGUCAGUCUCCCUCGGUCUGGUGCUCCAUGCAAGAUCUUACCUCGUGGAGUUUCAAUGAUCAUGAGAAUGGUGAGGAAUCAGCCCAGAACUACACGGGAGGAUCUUGCUAAUGAUCUCAAGGCAGCUGGGACCAUAGUCACCAAGAAAACAAUUGGUAACACACUACGCUGUAAAGAACUGAAAUCCUGCAGUGCCCGGAAGGUCCCCCUGCUCAAGAAAGCACAUGUACAGGCCCAUCUGAAGUUUGCCAAUGAACAUCUGAAUGCUUCAGAGGAGAACUGGGUGAAAGUCAGAUGAGACCAAAAUUGAGCUCUUUGGCAUCAACUCAACUCGCCGUGUUUGGAGGAGGAGGAAUGCUGCCUAUGACCCCAUGAACACCAUCCCCACCAUCAGACAUGGAGGUGGAAACAUUAUGCUUUGGGGUGUUUUUCUGCUAAGGGGACAGGACAACUGCUCAAAGGGAUGAUGGAUGUGGCCAUGUAGCCAUGUAGCGUCAAAUCUUGGGUGAGUACCUCCUUCCCUCAGCCAGUUCAUUGAAAAAUGGGGCUGGUAAUCCAGCAUGACAAUGACCCAAAACACACAGCCAAGGCAACAAAGGAGUGGCUCAAGAAGAAGCACAUUAAGGUCCUGUAGUGGCCUAGCCCAUCUCCAGACCUUAAUCCAAUAGAAAAUCUGUGAAGGGAGCUGAAGGUUCGAGUUGCCAAAUGUCAGCCUCAAAACCUUAGUGACUUGGAGAGGAUCUGCAAAGAGGAGUGGGACAAAAUCCCUCCUGAGAUGUGUGCAAACCUGGUGGCCAACUACAAGAAACGUCUGACCUCUGUGAUUGCCAACAAGGGUUUUGCCACCAAGUACUAAGUCGAAGGGGUCAAAUACUUAUUUCACUCAUUGACAUGCAAAUCAAUUGAUAACUUUUUUCUGGAUUUUAUUUUGUUAUUCUGUCUCUCACUGUUAAAAUACACCUACCAUUAAAAUGAUAGAAUGAUCAUUUCUUUGUCAGUGGAAAAACUUCAAAAUCAGCAGGGGAUCAAAUACUUUUUUCCCCCUCACUGUGUAUAUAUAUAAAUUAUACAUGUAAAAAACAGAUAGAAUUCUUAUCUUGUAAUACCUUUUUUAUUGGACUAACAGAAUUUUUUAAUGACAAGCUUUCGGGAGAACCUCCCUUUCUCAAGUCUGAAGCAUUUCUGAGCAAAACGACACAUAGAAUUCAAAGUUGAGUUGUGAUACAGGGGUUAAAGCGACAUGAGUGCAGAUAAGACACAGGUUUGUUAGAAAAUAGACACCAUCUUAGCAGAGGGUCAUAAAUAUCUUGUUGAAGAGCAGAGUAGGGGGGAGAGAGGGAAAAGAAAAACAAACAAGCAGACAGUGCACAGGAUGGUACACUUUAUACAUACACACACACACACACAUAAAUAUGUAUAUUUGAACUCAUAAACACAUGUACAUAUACAUAAACACAUAUACAUACAUGCACAUGAACUCAUAUACACAAAUAUAAAUUCACAGUAAUACAGGGAGUGCAGAAUUAUUAGGCAAAUGAGUAUUUUGACCACAUCAUCCUCUUUAUGCAUGUUGUCUUACUCUAAGCUGUAUAGGCUCGAAAGCCUACUACCAAUUAAGCAUAUUAGGUGAUGUGCAUCUCUGUAAUGAGAAGGGGUGUGGUCUAAUGACAUCAACACCCUAUAUCAGGUGUGCAUAAUUAUUAGGCAACUUCCUUUCCUUUGGCAAAAUGGGUCAAAAGAAGGACUUGACAGGCUCAGAAAAGUCAAAAAUAGUGAGAUAUCUUGCAGAGGGAUGCAGCACUCUUAAAAUUGCAAAGCUUCUGAAGCGUGAUCAUCGAACAAUCAAGCGUUUCAUUCAAAAUAGUCAACAGGGUCGCAAGAAGCGUGUGGAAAAACCAAGGCGCAAAAUAACUGCCCAUGAACUGAGAAAAGUCAAGCGUGCAGCUGCCACGAUGCCACUUGCCACCAGUUUGGCCAUAUUUCAGAGCUGCAACAUCACUGGAGUGCCCAAAAGCACAAGGUGUGCAAUACUCAGAGACAUGGCCAAGGUAAGAAAGGCUGAAAGACGACCACCACUGAACAAGACACACAAGCUGAAACGUCAAGACUGGGCCAAGAAAUAUCUCAAGACUGAUUUUUCUAAGGUUUUAUGGACUGAUGAAAUGAGAGUGAGUCUUGAUGGGCCAGAUGGAUGGGCCCGUGGCUGGAUUGGUAAAGGGCAGAGAGCUCCAGUCCGACUCAGACGCCAGCAAGGUGGAGGUGGAGUACUGGUUUGGGCUGGUAUCAUCAAAGAUGAGCUUGUGGGGCCUUUUCGGGUUGAGGAUGGAGUCAAGCUCAACUCCCAGUCCUACUGCCAGUUCCUGGAAGACACCUUCUUCAAGCAGUGGUACAGGAAGAAGUCUGCAUCCUUCAAGAAAAACAUGAUUUUCAUGCAGGAUAAUGCUCCAUCACACGCGUCCAAGUACUCCACAGCGUGGCUGGCAAGAAAGGGUAUAAAAGAAGAAAAUCUAAUGACAUGGCCUCCUUGUUCACCUGAUCUGAACCUCAUUGAGAACCUGUGGUCCAUCAUCAAAUGUGAGAUUUACAAGGAGGGAAAACAGUACACCUCUCUGAACAGUGUCUGGGAGGCUGUGGUUGCUGCUGCACGCAAUGUUGAUGGUGAACAGAUCAAAACACUGACAGAAUCCAUGGAUGGCAGGCUUUUGAGUGUCCUUGCAAAGAAAGGUGGCUAUAUUGGUCACUGAUUUGUUUUUGUUUUGUUUUUGAAUGUCAGAAAUGUAUAUUUGUGAAUGUUGAGAUGUUAUAUUGGUUUCACUGGUAAUAAUAAAUAAUUGAAAUGGGUAUAUAUUUGUUUUUUGUUAAGUUGCCUAAUAAUUAUGCACAGUAAUAGUUACCUGCACACACAGAUAUCCCCCUAACAUAGCUAUAACUAAAAACAAACUAAAAACUACUUCCAAAAAUAUUCAGCUUUGAUAUUAAUGAGUUUUUUGGGUUCAUUGAGAACAUGGUUGUUGUUCAAUAAUAAAAUUAAUCCUCAAAAAUACAACUUGCCUAAUAAUUCUGCACUCCCUGUAUAUAUAAGUAUUCAUGCAUACGAGUAUGGGAAAGCAUAGGUCUACACAUAGUACUUUGUAUAUAGAUAGAAUAAACAUAUAGGAAUGCAUUUUAAAUUGUUGGUACAUAUGACAGAAUAGUAAGAUAAUGCUGGGAGAGUGUUCAUGUAAAGUGUUGGUAGUGGGACAGGAAUCCCAAAUCAAUAUUUAGUCCUCUAUUCUUACUGUUAAACCAUUUAAUCAUUCUGGCUUCAAAGGCUUUUCUUUCCUGGGUAUUUUUAAAAACCCCUUUCAGUACUUUGAUUUUUAGGUCCUUCAGUGAGUGGCCAGGCUGGGUAAAGUGCCACAGGAGUGCAGUAUGAUUCUUCUUUGUGGUGUUUAAUAGAGUGUCUGUGCAUAUUCAUUCUGCCAUUUAAUUGCUGGGUGGUUUCCCCAAUGUAGCAUCCUAGGUGGCAUUUUAUGCAUUGAAUCAUGUAUACCACAUUGCUGGAUGUGCAGGAGUGUGAACCUUUAAUGCUGUAGGUUUUAUUGUUGUGUGUGGCUGUGUUGUCUGUGCAUAUGUGCUGACACAGUUUGCAGCGAGGUUUUUUGCAUUUACUGGUCCCGUUUUCUUCACUCUUACCAUCAGUGGGCAGCCUCCUGUUGAUUAAUUUUUGUUGGAGGUUUGGUGGUUGUCUUAAGGCCAAAAUGGGUGUUUCAGGGAAAAUGUUUUUCAGAGUCUCAUCUUCUGUUAAUAUUGGUUGUAGGUCUUUGAUGAUUUUCCGUAUUUCCUCAAGAGCUGGGUUGUAGGUGACCACAAGUGGACGUUUUUACAGCAGAGUUGAUUUGUUUGGUAAUAGUCUUUGGUUUGUAGCCUUUCUGUCUCAUAGAUUGGGAGAGUACAUUUAGAUGGGAAUUAUGGUCAUUAGGAUCAGAGCAUAUGUGAUGGUACCUAGUGGCUUGGCUGUAGAUGAUGCCCUGUUUAGUAUGAGAGGGGUGGAAGCUGGAGCUGUGUAGGUAACUGCACCUGUCUGUGGGUUUUCUGUAAACCGUGGUGUGGAUUGUGCCAUUAUUACAUGUCACAGUGGUGUCCAGAAAAUUCACAGAUCUAGUGGAAUAUUCCAUUUUUAGUUUGAUUGAUGGAUGGAAUGUGUUGAAAGAGUCAUGGAACUGUAUCAGUUUUUCUUCGCUUUCAGUCCAAAUUAUGAAGAUAUCAUCGAUAUAGCGAUAAUAUUUGUAUGGUUUGGUGUGUUGGAUUUCUAGGAAUCUCUGUUCAAGAUCUGCCAUAAACAGAUUAGCAUAUUGGGGUGCCAUCUUAGUGCCCAUAGCAGUGCCCAUGGUUUGUAGGUAAACCUCAUUGUUGAAACUGAAGUAGUUAUGUGUGAGGAUAAAUAGUGCCAGUUCUGUGAUAAUUCGGGGGCUGUAUUUUUGGUUGUUGACAUGAGAGAGAAAAUGGAAGCAAGCAUUGAUGCCAUCUGUAUGUGGAAUGUUGCUGUAUAGAGAUUCCACAUCCAUGGUUACAAGGAUGGUGUUAGCAGGGAGAUUGGUGAUUUGGCUGAGUUUGUUGAGGAAGUUGGUUGUGUCUUUUAUGAAGCUGUUGGUGUUGGUGACUAGAGGUUUUAGGGUAUUUUCUACCAGUCCUGAGAUCUGUUCUGUGAGAGUUCCCAUUCCUGUAAUUAUGGGUCUUCCAGGAUUACCUGCCUUGUGAAUUUUGGGAAGCAUAUAGAAAGUGCCCAUGCAGGGACUAGUUGGUAUGAGUGAUUGCAGUUCUAGGUGUAAGUUCUCAGGGAAGGAUUUAAUGAGCUCCCUAAGUUGUGAUGUAUAUUGCUUGGUGGGGUCUUCAUUUAAUUUUCUAUAGUAUUUGUCAUCUGACAAUUGCCUGUCACCCUCUUUUAUGUAGUCCUGGGUGUUCAUUAUCACUACUGCUCCUCCCUUGUCUGCUGGUUUGAUGGUGAUAGCAUGAUUAUAUUUCAGGUCAUUUAUAGCCAUUUGUUCCUGUACUGAGAGAUUAUGAAACAUUUUCUUUUGGUUUUGCUUGGUUGUCAAGGAUACUGUUCUUAGACGGAAACUUUCAAUGUAACUGUCCAGUUUGGCAUUUCGUCCUGGUGCUGGAGUGAAAUUAGUGUUUUUUUUCCGGUUGUUGUAAUCCAUUGUGGUUUCAGUGCUUUCUUUGUCAUGGAAGUAUUCCUUAAGUCGCAUCCUUCUGAAAAAUUCUUCCACGUCAGAGUAGAGCCCAAUGUCAUCAAGUUUUGUGCUAGGGCAAAAUGAUAAUCCUUUGGAGAGAACUGAUUCUUCUGGGUCAGAAAGUUUGUAAUCCGAAAUGUUAACAAUACCAGAUUUCUCUUGCCAUUUCUCUUUCUCUGCCAAAUGUUUGUGAUAAUCCUGCUUUAGUCUAAUGAGUUUAUUAUUUUUCUUCUUAAAGAGGUCCCUUUGUUGCUUUUUGUAAAAAUAGUGUAGAUCAUGUUCUAGUUGUUUAGCAAUAUAUGUAUUCUCCUCACGUAGAUUUUGGAGUAGAUAUUGUUUUUUAUUUUGUAUGCUAUAUUUCUUGUUGUAGAGCUGGUGGAUGAGAUGGUUCCUUAGUUUCUCACUAGUGCGUUUACACAGGUUUUCAGCAUACUGUGUUUUGUGCGUAUUAGCCAGUGGAUUUUUGAUUUUUAGGCCUUUGGGGAUCAGCUGUCUUUUCUUGCAGAUGGAUAGAAAGUGUAUGUUGCUGUUGAGCUGUACUUAUUUUGUGGUCAUCUUGUAGAUUUGCUUUUUUAUAUAUUUAUUAUAUAUAUGUAUUAGCCUUUCUGGUGAUGUAUUCUUAUAUUACAUUCCACCUGCUCUUUACAUUCACUAUGUUAAGUGUCUUUAUUACCUAUCAUAUUUUUUCAGUUGCAUAGAUGCUUCAUCAGGGCAACCUUAAAGAUAACUUAUGAAAUGCCAUAUAGUGCAAUAAAAUAUGUGAAUAUGAGGGAAUAUUAUGUGACACAAGGAUGGGAAAUAUCAGAAGGAAAUAUAUUUUUAAAUCAAAAUGUCAGUUUGAAAUAUUUUGUCUAUUACUAUAUUGACAAAGUGCAGUCACUGAAAUAUCCCUAGUGACACUCCGAGUAACUCAGAUGUUAAACUCACCUGAGUGCGGAGGUGGAGGUGGGAGAGGUGGGAGAGGUGGGAGAGGAGGGUCAGCAGUACAUGCCCAGAAACCUUUCAGCUGUUUAGUACAUAGCUACCUAAUUUGGUAUCAUUUGGAAUAAUCGGGAAUAAUGGCAUCUGAACUUUGUUACAGUUCCAAUUUUUUUUUUUAUUUGUUCUGAAUCAAUAACUUCCAAAUUUCGGAUGAGCCAAAAUUAGAAAAGUAACGAACUGAAGAGAAGCAAACCAAAACAAAUCUUUCGGUUCUGCAAAUCCCUUUGGCAUUACCAAAUUUAGCAAACAUUGUAGUGUUAUUAUAGAGGCACUGAAAGAGUCAACUUUGAUUUGGCAUGGUCAAAUUCCACCGACUACUUCAAAUAUUUUGGGCACAAAAUGAGGAAGUUGCACUUCCUCAUAUGAUUUCUCAAGCAGAGUGGGAGGGCUUAGGGUACUCUGGCAUUGCAGGUUUUUCUUGAAUAGUUUGAAAAUGGUUUGAUUAAAUAAAAAAUAGUCCUAUAUCUAUAAAGUCCCUGCAUCAUAUCCACUGCAGUAAGCUAUAGCAGAGACUAUUUUAUUUCUAAUAACCCGAUAUGUAUCUGUUUAAACCAGUAUAUUUUUUGAUAUGUUGCUUUUUUAAGAUAAUGUAGUAAUUCAUUUUAAAAAAGAAACACUCUAUGUGAUAAAAUAUAAACUGUUGAUCUGGCCUUUGAUGGCAUUGUCCUGACUAGAGGUGUAAGAUAGGAGACUCACCACAAAACUUUUAAUAUCAUAACAUGAAUGCACAUCUGAUUAUGAAUUCUAAGCUCUAAGAGUUCAUGCCAGGUGGGAGAAAAGUAUGUUCAAUUUAUUUUACAUUAUUUUAUUUUUUUAGACAGAAAUAUAGUUUUCAUUGAAACGUGAUAAGUAUGAACUUUUUGGUGGUUACAUAUUGUUUAAUGUGUUAUUUUAGAUCAUACAGAGCCAGGUACAAAAGAAAAUGAUAACACCCAAUUUAGACUCUUGGGAUUAAGUUCCACCGUCUACGAGUCAGAUGGUUCUAAAGAAUUGCUAGCAGCCAAUGAAGAGUCAGCAAGAGAUAUUCGUGAAUCUAUUCAACUAUUUCAUUCCACUGUGCACGAUAAGGCGCAACCUGCGCAUCGAGUAAAGACUUUAAAGCAAAGUUCAUCAUCAUCUUUGGAAACUGGUGAUGCUAUGAAAAUGCAACCAUUGUAUGCAGUUGAUAAAGCUUAUGAGAACAGGCAAAAAUAUGAUAUCCAAAUGAAGAAGAGGAAUUUAGUCAUGCAGGUUUAUAACAAUAAAAUACAAGCAAAAUCUAAUGUUCAGGGAUUUCAUGAAGAGAAAAGGAAGCAUGUCAAAGAACAAAAUGAAAAAGACUCAAUCAUUUUUCAGCAAGACAUUGAGCAGAACCAGCUCACUCGACUCAACUUUAUCAAGACAGCAAAGCAGAGGCAGAAACAGUUCUCUCAGGAGAAGCAACAAAAAGCAUCUGAACAUUCAUUUGUAAAAGAAUUUAAUGCACAGCAUACGUCUGUGUCAAACACCCUUUUAAAACAUGAUAGAAUGCUGAAAAGCGGAGCGAAAACACAAGAGAAGAUCAGAUUUGUACAGAGUUUGAAAGAAAAUGAAGAAAAACAGAAAUCACUUCUAAAGUGCCUUAAGGAACACAGGUAUUGUACAAAUAUGCCUCAGGGAAUCAACUUCUUACUUUCUUUAAAAAAAAAAAAUAUAUAUAUAUUAACCCCUUCACUACCAAACACUUGUUUUCUUUUAAAAAAUAGACAGCAUUUAUUUAAAACAUGACGUACAUUGCUUGCAGGCAUACAAAGGACACAAAAUGAUAUUUAAUGAAUAGACUCAUGACAAGAGAUAUUCAAAAAGUACUUUUUUUUUGUGUUAUAUACUAAAGUAAGAAAUUAUGGCAAACCUAGCCACUUGGACUAAACAGAGACAAUAUGGUUUUAAGGGUUCCCUGUAUAUUUCCUGCAAUUGUAUGUGUGCCUGGUUGUAAUCUGCUGUAUCCUGUAUGUUGUAUUGCCUGUAUUAGCUAUCUGUCGAAAGCAGAUAGCUGUAUUCUGUUUCGUUUCACGAACAGCGUCUUUGCGGGCUGUUCGUGAACCGAAUGAACUAUCCUUUAAUAGCCCACACACUAAGAGACGUGUGGCGCUUGUUAACCGAUUGCAACAAUGUUGCAAUUGGCAAUUAGAGACUCUCCUAGGUGGCCGUCGUUCGACUACCGACCACGCGGCGGUCGGCCAUCUUGGAUCCUUUGUCUCUCUAGCGGUGUUCGGUCAUCGAGCGAGUGGUACUGAAAACGGCUACUCGACGGCGCGAACACCGCUGGGCUUCCAGGCCGUUCGGGAGUUCCGGGCUCUUCGGUAUUUUACUCCCCGUAUACCAAUCGGUCUUUUAAGUGUAUGUUACGAUAAAUAUGUUUUUCGUGCGGCGUUCGGUUGUUUUAGCUGGGAUCUGAGCGGUAAUCUCACGAACUAUGUGCUCAGACCCCAACUAUCUACCAAAUUUCCAUUUGUGUAAAUCAACCAAGUAUUGAGAAAGAUAUAUAUUUUAAAGUAAAUUGCCGGUUCUGCUGCACGGAGGGAUAAUCCACUUAACAGUACAUUCCAGUGGGAGUGUCCCUCUCGUGCAGCAGUGCCUGAUGGGAGAAAUGCCCAGAAUGUGAAGUCCCCCAUGUAGUCCCCUACUGUGUUACUCCUGCUAUGACAGUAUGGAAACCCCUUGCAUGGGGACUUACAUAAAUACUGGCUCCUGUGAAUAAAGACCUCAGUUGACUCCCAGAGCUGUGUUUCGUCCGGUUACUGGGGGAUUUGGGAUAUUGCAUUACUUUUCAGCGUUUGACUGUGGAUUACUGUAUGUACCAGCGAAAUUCGUGGGAUUUAAUAUUGCCGAUCCGCUACAGAAAUGAAGGGAAUUCAAAUUUAAUUUCACAAUAAAGACCAAGGUAGCAAAGCUGAAAAGCAUAAAUGUUUUGGAGAAAAUUUCCAGUUUAGCUAAUUUGACAUUAAAGUUGAAAUUCCCGUUGAAUUCCCUUCAAUUCUCCCUUUAGUGAAUAACUCUACACAGAAACUUUACACAGGUUUAAUAUUUUAUUUAUUUAUCCUUUAAUUAUCAGGGAAAGGGAGAAUUCAACAUGAAUUCAAAAUGAAUUGCAAAUUUAAGGCUUUCAGCUAUUUUGACCAUAAAUUGAAAUUCUCUGAACUUACUAGUGGUCAUCAUUAAAUAACUUUCUAUCUGUUAUUUUUUGGCAUAUCAUAUGAACAUAAAAGUAGAUUCAGGAGUAGGCCCCCUUCUAGAAUGCUCCCAGGGUUCUUGUUGCUACAUGGGCUUCACUGGGUCUCAUCUAGGUUGCACUCUUUAUAUUUGCAGAGGCAGAGUGGUCCUUGAUGUCUCCAGUCCCAGACAAAUCAGUGGUAGGGAACAGGUAAAUUGCAAGAGAGGGGAUGAAGAAUCCAGGUAUCUUAUCUAGGUUUGAAAUAUAUUAUUACUGCAUGCUGGUAAGUAGGAUGAAGGAGAGGUUGUCACGCUCAUUUAAAAAAAUUGCAAUGAUUGGUGAUUACACCAGAUCAACAGUGAAUACAAUAAACCUCAGAAACAGGCGUAGACACCAGUCAAUAAUGUAUCUGGGCUCUGUGUGUGUAUGGGUCAUCUGGAAUGUUGGGUCAUUGGAUGUUCAACAUUAAUCAAAUGGAGAAAAACAGCAGUUGAGAUAGGGCACUGUAAGUAUAGAAGAAAUUGUGAAUUAAAGAGUGUGUGGAGAUGGUAACAUUGUAGGUCGGCAGUUGUGGAAGUUGACAUAGUCACUGGGUAUCCAGUCACCUGUAGAAAAUUAUUUGUUCUCAGAGUCAUGAAAUUGAAGGAGACCCCAAAAACAUGUGAGCCAACACCACAAUUUAAAAGCUAUACACAUUGUUUAGGGUUUUUUGUUAAUUUGGGCUCCAUUUUAUAAGUGUUUUUACUAUAUCACAUGGUGGAUAGGUGAUCUGGACAAAGGACAAUCACCUCCUCACCUCUUUACUAGUGAUGUCCCGAACGGUUCGCCGCGGACGGUGAACAUAUGCGGUAAACUUUGACCCUGUACCUCACAGUCAGCAGACACUUUCCAGCCAAUCAGCAGCAGACCCUCCCUCCCAGGCCCUCCCACCUCCUGGACAGCAUCCAUUUUACAUUCAUUGUGAAGCUGCAUUCUUAGUGAGCUGUCCAGGAGGUGGGAGGAUCUGGGAGGGAGGGUCUGCUGCUGAUUGGCUGGAAUGUGUCUGCUGACUGUGAGGUACAGGGUCAAAGUUCACCGCAUAUGUUCACCGUCCGCGGCGAACCGUUCGGUGAACCGUUCGGGACAUCACUACUCUUUACCAUAAACACAGCUGGUAUUAUUCAUGAACAUAACCUUCUUAGCAGGGUCUAAUAAAAAUCUCUAAGAGGAGUAUAAGAUGCUUGAUAUUUAUCACUGAAAGGGUCAUUCAUUUAUAAAUAAUUUGCAUAAUGAAGCAUAAAUCAAAAUGAAGUCACUCAAACCACAACAAAGUGGGAGAGUGAAAGCUGGAUAGUAGGUAAGUAUCUUGUUUAAAUAACUGUUAAGCUUAGCUGGACCAGCACUAAAUGUACAUGUACACACAGACAUGUGUCUCAAAACUAGAAACAAAAUAGAAAAAUGACUAGCCUUAUAAGGCUUCUCCGCUAACUCAUAAUGGGAGUAAAGGGUCAUCCAGUAAAUUGCUUAAACUAAUGGUAACUUUAUUAGACUGCUUGUUUUAGCCCAGGAUUUGCCCUGUCCCCAGUCUAGAUUAACGUAAAUAUACCAGGGUGAGAGUAAAUACCUUAUUGGUGGAGGUGUCCAAGACCAAUAGAUACAAUAUCUAAGGAGUAAUAUACAGUAUUACCAAAGGUUAAUUAGAAAGUUUGUAGGACAGUACGAUAAAAAGCCUCUCUCCCUGGUAAGCUAGCUAGAUAGUUAGUAGAGACAGAAUGAAAAGAGUGAGAGAAUAAUUCAAGUAAUGAAAACAUGGCAUGUCUAUAUUAAAUAGACAUCCCAAGUGUAUAGGUGAUAGGUGCCCAACACCCAUGCAGAACAUAACGCCCAACAUGCGUUUCGGUGCACUAGCGUGUGCACCUUCGUCAAAGGCAAAAAAAAAGUUAGUUUGGGGACAGGGAAAAUCCUGGGCUAAAACAAGCAGUCUAAUAAAGCUACUAUUAUGUACAUUUAGUGCUGGUCCAGCUAAACUUAACAGUUAUUUAAACAAGAUACCUACUAUCCAGCUUUCACUCACCCACUUUGUGGUUUGAAGGACUAUAUUUUUUUUUGGUUUCCUUCUAUUCAUAAUUUAUAGGAUAAAGCCCUGCAGACACAGCUGGAGUGUCUUUACUGGUGCAUAGAUCCUAAGUGGUGUUCCUUUAGGUAUCCUAUUAUUUGUUUGGUUUACUGUACCAUAACACACAAUGCUGCUCUUUGAGGUACACUCUAGGCACCCAGAUCACCCAGUUUUAACCCUGCAGCUGAAAACAUUGCCAUUCUGCAGAACGUCAAUGUUUUCAUUGCAGGGUUUAAGUCCCUUUAAAGGCUUUUUCUAUCUGAUGGUAUUAGAGAGAUCAUGUGAUUGGUGCUGGGCAGAAUUUUGCCACGGUUGUGGACUAACAUCCCAAUGCUUUCCUAUGUGAAAGCAUUGGAUUAGCUGAGAUCAUCAACUUCGAUGGAGGCAGAGCCAGCUGCAGAGACCAGCUGCAGAAACCAGUGCAGCAAGGGAGAAAGCGUAAGUAAAAAUACUUUUUUUCUCCCUGUAGGUGGGGGCCGGUCAUAUAAAUGGCCACCAAGGAACAAUAGUGUUAGGAAUACACAUUUGUGUUUGCAUGCAUUGUGGAACCCUUGUCUUAAUGAUGGCUUACAGAGGGUUUACACUUAUCAACGACAACAUUAAAACCACCUACCUAAUAUCAUGUAGGUUACCCUCGUGCUGCCAAAACAACUCUGAUGCUUGAACUAUGGAUUCCACACAGGGCCCUGAACUUGUCCUGUGUUAAAUAUCACUACAACAUUAGCAACAGGUCCUUUAAGUCCUGCUAGUUGUGAGGUGGUGCCUCUAUGGAUCGGAUUUGUUGUUCCAGCACAUCCUACAGAUGCUCUUUGAACUCUUUGUCAUGUUCCGCAAGUCAUUCCUGAACAAUUUUUGCAGUGUAGAAGGGUGCACUAUCCUGCUGUAAGAGGCCACUGCAAUCAGGGAACACCAUUGCCAUGAAGGAGUGUAUGUGGUCAGCAACAAUAUGUAAGUAGGUGGUAGGUGUCAAGCUAACAUCCAUAUGAAUGUCAGCACCCAAGGUUUCCCGGCAGAACAUUGCCCAGAGAAUAACACUGCUUCUGCUGACCUGACUACUUCCCAUAGUGCAUUUUUCUAGGUAAACAACACACAUGCACCUGACAAUCUAUCUCAGGCUUCCUCAAACUCAGGCCCUCCAGAUGUUGCUGAACUACAACUCCCAUGAUUCUUUGAAUGAAAUAGAUAGGCUGAGAAUCAUGGGAGUUGUAAUUCAGGAACAUAUAGAGGGCUGGAGUUUGAGGAAGCCUGAUCUAGCUUAUCUAAAAGAAUACAGCCAGACCAAACUACCUUCUUCCAUUGCGCCAUGCUCUAGUUCUGAUGCUCACGUCCCGAUUGAAGGAACUUCCAGUGGUGGAUAGGGGUCAUCACGGGCAUUCUGACAGGUCUGAGGCUGCACAGCUUCAUACGCAGCAAACAGUGAUGCACUGUGUGUUCUGACAUCUUUCUAUCAUGGAAAGCAUUAAGUGUUUCAGCAAUUUGAGCUACAGUAACUGUUUUGUGUAAUCAGCCCACAAAGUCUAGCCUUUGCUCAUGUGCAUCAAUGACUCUGAUGCCAGAACACCCCACAAAACUUGCCAUUUUUGGAGAUGAUCUGACCCAAUCAUCUAACCAUCAUUAUUUGUCCCUUAUCAAAGUCACUCAGGUCUUUUUGCUUGUCCAUUUUUCCUGCUAUCAAUACAUGAAAUUCAAGAACCGACUGUUGACUUUCUGCCUAAUAUAUCCCACUCCUUGACAGGUGCUAUUGAUAUAAUCAACAUAAUUCACUUCACCUAGCUCCCAGUGGUUUUAAUUUUGUGGCUGAAGGUGCAGAGAUAGCAAUUAUACCUUCACAACUAAAUAUAUGCUUUUAUGCGAAAAUCUACUGCCAAUUUAGCUAAAAUAAUAAACAGCUCUAAACCUUUGCUUUUUAAAGUGCACACAUGCCAUUUUUUAUAGCAGGUGCAAUUCAAUUUGUGACAAAAGGCACAAACCACGCGGUAAACAUGUUUUCUGGCUGAAUUUUAUGAAACCAAGGAAGAAAGCAUUUAGCAGAAUAAGAUAGAGCAAGAAAAUUAAAAUUGUGCCAGAUCCUUUUAAACUAUUAAAGAGCUAUUGUUCCAAGAGUACAGUGUAUAACAGGCAGAGUGUAACGUUGAUUAAAUGACGGAAUGCAAUUAACAGUUUUUCCUUUUGAUUUUUUUAUUCAGGCGUUUAACUCUACAGAUUGAAAAUUCUGCAGAAAAAGAGGCACUUAACUCAGUUGUUCUGGAAAAUGCUCUGGAUAGAUUGCAGGAGGCUCGUGGUCAUGUUGCUAGUAUAAAGGUUCAACAAGUUACCGCAGCACCUAUGUUUAAAAUACCUGUAAAUCAACCUGUCUCCAAGACAAUGUGUAAUAUUUAAGCCAAGGGAUAAUUGUAGACAGUAGCAUCUUGAUCACUAUAAAAUGUUACUUACAGCUGAUAAAAUGGCAUAUGUAUUGUUUAACAGUAAUUGCCUUGAAGCAAUUUAACCUGUCACCUGUUUUAUCUGCCAGAAACAGCCUUGCACCUGCUAUUAUGGAUGUUUGUGCAUAUUCUUCAGAUACAGUUAUUUACCUAGAGGGGAUGAAUUAUUCUAAAUCGUAUUUUUAUUCACUAAUUUCUGCAUAUUGAGUUUACAAAUAAUUUUCUAAAGUGCUGCUAUGUGAAGAAUUUAAAGGACUGUGCCAUACACAUAAUGUAUAUUUGUAACGUCUUAUCGAAUAAUUUUUAUUGAACAUUUUUCAAACUAUAACAAAGUGAAAAUUUGGGGAAAAAUAAACUUGGGAAUAUGGUAGAGAAGAAAAGAAAGUGAUAAAAAGUAAAAAGAGGAAAACCUUUUCUCAAUCCACAACAAUGU